AUGGCCAACGGUCACCAGUCAUUUAUAGUUUGCCGCAGUCCCUGGCCUGCGACAUGGAAAGAGACGAUUACGAUCGAGGCGACAGCCUGGCACAGCGGCAAAGCUACCGCACAUGCUCUCAAGGAGCUGUCUGCCCCUAGCACCUGCUCAUACAUUGAUGAGCCGUCGCGUGACCCUUCGGUACUCUUAUCCCUUCCUCCUGUCGGCACAAAUCUGGGCGCCAGAGUCAAGAGUCACGGGCAUGGAGUCGUUGCGUAUGCAUGGCGGCAAGAGCGUGGGGCGGACAAUCGGAAAGUCACCCAUUUGGCGGCAAUCCAAAAGUGUGAGCACACGGAGGGAAAGAGAGGCGGACGAGGUGCCACCGCCAUCGACGCAGCUGCUUCGACCGCCGCCUUCGGAAUGUUACGAAGCGCUGCAAAGGGAAGGCUUAGUGUGCCGGCAAUCGUCAAGUCACAACUCAAAACUGUGAAUCGCCUUGGUUCUACUCCUGUUUUUAUACUUGGCGCUCGAUCGCGCUCGGCGGCGGCCGGCGCGCGUCUGCGCAGCUCCGCGAUGGAUCUCAUGAUCCAUCAGCAGUCACGAGUAAUUCUCGGUUCACGACGCAAGGUCGCUGUGCCCCCCCAUGCACAUCUACGCGGCGUCCAUCAAGCACCACGAUCGGGUGUGUCUCCUGCUCAGGAGAGUCAAGUAUUGUGCGGUUCGGUUGAUUUAGCAUCAGCUCCCAGUCACGAAUCCAGUCAGACUGCUGCGCCACGAAUGCGUUAUGUCUUAACUGGGACCCCUCCGCUACGGCAUAUAGAGCUCGUUACCAAUACGCGCGCAGGGCCCACUCAGAUCCCCCGGCGCCGACUCAGUGCCGCACGGCCCACUCGUGAGUCCACGCGCGCACGCACUCACACACGCACUCACGUACCGUACUGUAACACCAACGCACCAACAUGCGACGAGCUGCGCGGUUGCAAAGUCAGGAUCCUAGAUGUGUUGGCAGGCGAGCAGCAGCAGCAAGACGACAAGCACAUCGAGGAACGCAAGAAAGAGUGGGCAAUCAGAAUCACGAACGGGACCCAUGCCGCUCAGGAGUUCGUUGAACUUGGCGCAGGUUCCAGCCGGCAUCCAACGCUCGAUCAAGCAAGUCUCAGGUCUCGAGUCGGUCAGGUCCCUGACGAAUGGCUAACGGCUGCCUUCGGCGAUCUGGACAACACUCGUCACUGGUCUGGUGCCCGUGCUUCGAACGUCGGCAGAGUUCUGUCUGGCUAUGCCAACACUCGUGACUCCUGUUCCUCACUGGGCCUGUGCUCCAAAGUCUCGACAACAUGGAAGCUUCUUCUCGAGGCACGAAGCGAGGCCCUAGCUGACGUGAAAGACAGUCGUGAGUCCGCUGACGAACACUUCGGACUCGCAACAUGGUCCGCGUUCGCUACAAGAUGUGUAGUCGCGAGUCAUAGCUCUACGCACACUCCGCUCCUCGGAAGGUUGAGCAGCAAGGAUCUCCGAGGUAGAUUGAGACUUGCAGGCAAGGUUCUGCCUCGAGCUGCGCGUUUGUCCGACAAUCUUUAUUGA